AUGUUAGACAAAAGAUCAGUCAUAGGAACGAAUCAACUAGAAAUUCAGAGAACAUACUUGUUCUUUUCUUUGGAUGACGAAUCCUUUUCUAGUAGUGUAUACAAUCAAUGGUCGUCAAUAUUAGUCAAAGAACUAAAUGAAGAAGAACAACUUGAGCAUGAUACAAUUGCAGCAAUACGAAUAGACCAUUUUCUCAUGAAAUAUCGUGGCAUUCAAGCAGUUGACACUACAAAGACUAAAAUUUUACUAAUACACAGUCUCAAGAGUCACGAAGAACAUCUAUAUGAGAUGAUGAUGUACUUGCUCAUUUCGUUAACAAAACUCUCGCAAGAUGUUAAACCAGUCGGUUACCGUCGUUGA